UGUGUCUAGGGCAAAGACGGAGUUGUAAACUUCUUAAAAUUCCUCUCUCAACAUUUCAGUAAUUCCUCUUUCGAGACUAAAGCUCUUUUUGUGUGCGUGUGUGUCAAGCGUAUGCCCCGGGAUUCUCCUUCUCCGCUUCCCUUUCUCGGUGUUCCUUCUUGCUUUAGGGACCGGAAGAGUCCUUGAACCAAAAUAGCUCGGUGGGCACUUCCGGGGCCGGAGCCCAGGGUUCCGGGAGGGUGCAAGCAGGAGAGGGAAAGGCAGCGGCGGCGGCAGCUGGAGAAUGAAGAAGGAGCAUGUGCUGCACUGCCAGUUUUCCGCGUGGUACCCGCUCUUCCGAGGCGUUACCAUCAAGAGUGUCAUUCUUCCACUUCCUCAGAAUGUGAAGGAUUAUUUACUCGAUGAUGGAACUCUGGUGGUUUCAGGAAGGGACGAUCCACCAGCACAUUCUCAGCCAGACAGUGAUGAUGAAGCAGAAGAAAUACAGUGGUCUGAUGAUGAGAACACAGCCACGCUUACGGCACCAGAAUUUCCUGAGUUUGCCACUCAAGUCCAGGAAGCUAUCAAUUCCCUCGGGGGCAGUGUCUUUCCUAAGCUUAACUGGAGUGCCCCAAGGGAUGCGUAUUGGAUAGCAAUGAAUAGUUCUCUGAAAUGUAAAACCCUCAGCGACAUCUUUCUACUUUUCAAGAGUUCUGAUUUCAUCACUCGUGACUUCACUCAGCCGUUUAUUCAUUGUACUGAUGAUUCUCCAGAUCCAUGUAUAGAAUAUGAGCUUGUUCUCCGAAAAUGGUGUGAAUUGAUUCCUGGCGCUGAGUUUCGAUGUUUUGUCAAGGAAAACAAGCUUAUUGGUAUUUCUCAAAGAGACUACACACAAUACUAUGAUCAUAUUUCUAAACAAAAGGAAGAAAUUUGCAGAUGUAUACAAGACUUUUUCAAGAAACACAUACAGUACAAAUUCUUAGAUGAAGACUUUGUGUUCGAUAUAUACAGAGACAGUAGGGGGAAGGUGUGGCUCAUUGAUUUUAAUCCAUUUGGCGAAGUCACAGAUUCACUGCUGUUCACCUGGGAAGAACUGAUAUCUGAGAACAACUUAAACGGUGAUUUUAGUGAAGUAGAUGCUCAAGAGCAGGAUUCCCCAGCUUUCCGUUGCACAGACAGUGAAGUGACAGUCCAGCCCAGCCCCUAUCUGAGUUACCGGCUGCCCAAGGACUUUGUAGACCUGUCUACAGGGGAGGACGCUCACAAGCUAAUAGACUUCCUGAAGCUGAAGAGAAAUCAGCAAGAGGACGACUGAUGAGCUUGCUGGAGCUGGAGAAGAGGAGGCCCCGCCCUGCCCCACUGCUCCGGGAGCUGCUCAUCAGCCGCAGCUUCCUGCCAACCCUGAUGCGGGCGGGCCGGGCAGUGUGGACAUCAGCCGCUUUUUAUAUUCAUGUACAUCACCUGGGGAAAAAAACAGAGGGACUUUGCUACUUGUAAAAAUAACAUAAUAAAUAGAUCUUAAGCAUAGGAAACCAUACUGUUCUGAUAAUAAAAUGCUUUCUAUGAAAUA